GCUGCAACUUUUCUCUAAAGUUUUUCAGGCUCUGUAAUUGGACUUUUUUCCCCUCCUAAUCAAAUGGUAGAAAACUAGAGCUACUACCUUUUUCACGUUGAAAAGCUUGUUGGUGCUCACCACCUUCACGCUCCAUUGACCCAAAAAGGGGCUCCAAGUUGAUGGCAGCCCAGAAACUCUCAAGAUCUUUUGCCCUCCAGUUGCGAGAGCUAUUUUGCUGCACGGCCGGAGCGUGAUCUAAUUAAAAACCUCUUUCCUUCUUGGCAUCCCUCUAAGCUAUCAAUCAUCCAGCUAUCCAUGAACAACCAAUCAGAUCCAAAGAAGCAUCAGAGCCUUGACUUCGUCUCCCGGGCCGCGUACAUACCAGGGCUUAACUGGCAAUUCCACUCGACUCCACUAUUCUCAAUUGUGGAAGUGGAUUGACCAUAGAAACAAGGGAAUGGUAACAGGUCCAAUGUCAUCUUACCCUGACAUGAUUAUUCUCAAGACCCAGAGAAAGAGAGCCUUUGAGACGACGCCUCGAUCGCACUGAUCCAAGGUUGAUUGACUUCGAAGAUAAGGCUGAUCAUUGAGGGACGGCAAGGCGUGAGGUUCACCUUCUCCGAGCUGCUUCCGGCAUGGGAAUGAGCUUUCUUCUGCUGCUGCUCGCAUUUGUCGCAGGCCUUCAAGUCAGUUCUGGUACCACAGAUCCCACAGAUGCUGCUGCUCUCCGAUCUCUAAUGGAUGGAUGGCAGAACACACCACCAAGUUGGGGGCAGUCAGAUGAUCCCUGUGGUACACCAUGGGAAGGAGUCAACUGCAUCAAUUCCAGAGUGACUGUCCUGAAACUGUCAACUAUGGGCCUCAAAGGCACAUUAAGUGGGGACAUAGGGCAACUCAGCGAACUGCAGACCCUGGACCUGUCCUAUAAUAAUGAGCUCGGUGGUCCACUUGCAUCAAAUAUUGGAAACCUGAAGAAGAUCACCACCCUAAUCUUGGUUGGCUGCAGCUUCAGUGGUCAAAUCCCAGAGGAAUUAGGAAAUUUAGAAAAGCUCUCUUACCUAGCUAUCAAUUCAAACAAGUUCACCGGUAGGAUACCUGCUUCCCUGGGUACCCUUUCAAAUCUCUACUGGCUAGAUGUGGCAGACAAUCAGUUGAGUGGGCCUAUCCCCGUUUCUGAUAAUGGGGCUCCUGGACUAGACCAGCUUUUGAACACAAAGCAUUUUCAUUUUAACAAGAAUCAGCUAUCAGGUCGCAUCCCUGAAAAGCUCUUCAGCUCAGAUAUGUCGCUGAUACACGUACUUUUUGAUGGAAAUCAACUUACUGGGGAAAUUCCAGCUUCCAUAGGGCUAUUAAAAUCUCUUGAGAAUUUGAGACUUGACAGAAAUUCCCUGAAUGGCCCAGUUCCGUCAAAUAUUAACAACCUGACAAGCAUCACUGAACUUAACUUAGCAAACAACCAGUUAAGCGGACCUAUGCCAGAUCUAACUGGGAUGAACAACCUCAACUAUGUGGAUUUAAGCAACAACACUUUUGAUUCUUCAGAAAGCCCAGCUUGGUUCUCGCAAAUAGAAUCUCUCACUGCUCUAGUGAUACAAUCUGGAGGGCUUCAUGGGCAAGUGCCACAAAAGCUGUUCAGCUUUCCUCAACUACAGCAAGUAAUACUUGAUGACAACAAAUUCAAUGGUACCCUGGACAUGGGCAAGAGCAUUAGCCAGCAAUUACAGUUUGUGAGUUUCAAAAAUAAUGCCCUGGAUUCUGUCACCCUGACUUCCAGCUAUGACAAGGCUUUAAUACUUGCUGGAAACCCUGUGUGCAAUAAUAAUAGUUUCUCAGAUACUAUAUAUUGCCUUCAGCAAAAGGCAUCAACACCUUACUCCACCAGUCUCGCCAAGUGUGGCCCUAACCAAUGUUCCGCAAAUCAGAGUCUCAGUCCUUCAAAAUGCAACUGUGCCUAUCCAUACCAGGGAGUGAUGUUCUUCAGAGGGCCUAACUUCCGAGAUGUGACAAACAUGUCAUUGUUCCAAGAGCUGGAGAGUACCAUGUGGACAAAACUUGGCCUAGAGCCUGGCUCAGUGUUUCUUGAAAAUCCCUUUUUCGAUGGUAAUUCUUAUCUGCAGUUGCAAGUAAAACUCUUCCCAUCUAAUGGAAUGUGCUUCAGCCGGUCCGAGAUUCAGAGAAUUGGGUUUGAUCUGAGCAACCAAACUUACAAACCUCCAAAGAUGUUUGGACCAUAUUAUUUCAUUGCAUUACCAUACCCUUUCCAAGAUGUUGAAGGAAGAUCUUCAACAAGCACUGGUUUGAUCGUUGGCAUAGCAGUUGGUUGUGCCCUUCUCCUUGGACUUGUAGGAUCAGGAGUCUAUGCCUUGAGACAGAAGAAAAGGGCACAAAGAGCAAUGGAACUGAGUAAACCUUUUGCAUCAUGGACUCGCAGUGGUGAAGACGGUGGUGGUGCACCACAAUUGAAAGGAGCAAGAUGGUUUUCAUUUGAUGAACUAAAGAAGAGCACCAACAAUUUCUCAGAAACUAAUGAAAUUGGAUCAGGUGGCUAUGGAAAGGUCUAUAGAGGAAUGCUUUCAAGCGGGCAACUAGUUGCAAUCAAGAGGGCACAACAGGGAUCCAAGCAAGGUGGACUUGAGUUCAAGACAGAGAUUGAGUUGCUAUCUAGGGUUCAUCACAAGAACCUACUAGGACUUGUAGGUUUCUGCUUCGAGGAAGGGGAGCAGAUGCUGGUAUAUGAGUUCAUGCCUAAUGGAACGCUACGUGAAAGCUUGUCCGGGAAGAGUGGAGUACAACUGGAUUGGAACAGGAGAAUCCGCAUUGCACUAGGCUCAGCAAGAGGAUUGGCUUAUCUCCAUGAACUUGCUGAUCCACCCACAAUUCACAGAGAUGUUAAGUCAAGUAAUAUCCUAUUGGAUGAAAACUUAACUGCAAAGGUUGCAGAUUUUGGCCUCUCAAAAUUGGUAUCAGACAGCGAAAAAGGACAUGUUUCUACACAAGUAAAAGGAACGCUGGGUUAUCUAGAUCCUGAGUAUUACAUGACACAACAGCUGACAGAGAAGAGUGACGUUUAUAGCUUUGGAGUGGUGAUGUUAGAACUGAUAACUGCUAGGAAACCACUAGAGAAGGGCAAGUAUAUUGUUCGUGAGGUGAAGAUGGCAAUAAAUAUAAAAGAUGAUGAGUACUAUGGUCUCAAGGAGAUAAUGGAUCCCAUAAUUCACAAUACAACAUAUCCAGUAGCUUUCAGACAAUAUGUAGAAUUGGCCAUGUGCUGUGUCGAAGAAUCAGCUGCAGACCGCCCAACAAUGAGUGAUGUUGUAAAGGAAAUUGAGAACAUGUUGCACAAUGAUGGUCAGAACACAAACUCAAAUUCAGCAUCUUCAUCUGCCACAGUCUUUGGAAACACAAAGGGUGCUCCUUGUUAUCCUUACAAUGACUCAUUUCCUCAAAAGGAUGUUAGCAACAGUGCUUUCGAUUACAGUGGCGGAUACUCUCCGUCAGCAAAUCCUGAACCCAAGUAGCAGAUUUCUUUUCUUUUUACAUGAUCUUUCUUUAUUGUAUAUUUACAUUACAUACUUCUCAGAGUACUAUACAAGUAUAUCUCGACCAAUAAAUGUUACUGCAUUUUGUAUGUCUAGAAAAAUUCCCCCCUAAAAGUAAAGCCAAAUAUAUACUGAUUUUUUGAUAAUAUGAGGGAUACUCUAAUUCCCUCAAUAGCAAAUUGCUAUUGAUAUCAAUAAUAUGAGG